CCAUUUUAUCCUUUGUAUCAUGAAAGAUUUCUUCUGUCAAAACAAAGGAAAAGAAAAGGGAAAUUUUUUACAACAAAUCAUCAUCUUAUUCACUUCAUUAUGGCUGCAAUCAUGAUUCUUGGUUGCCUCAUCCGCAUGCCCCCCUCUCCUUCUCUCCCCUUCCACCUUCCACUCUCUCUCUCUCUCUCUCUCUCGCACAAGCCACCUAUAAAAUCUAGUAUCCCUCCCACUUCUCUCUCUCACCUGUAGUUGUUCAAACAUCCACAAAUUAACAAGAUCUGUCUCUUUUUUCUUGUUUCCCGUUUCUGUUUUCAAGUUUCUGUCUUUGGGUGUUUGUUGUUUUGUUUUGUCAAGGUCUUAGAAAUGGCUGUUUCAGGGUUUGAAGGGUUUGAGAAGCGCCUAGAGCUCCAUUUCUUUGGAGAUGAUCCAGUGAAUAUUGACAAUAUGGGGCUUAGGCUGCUUGAUUUCGAAUCACUCGAGCAAGUAUUACAUGCUGUCCAAUGCACUGUUGUAUCAGCUGUUGGGAACCAUUUCUUUGAUGCUUACGUGUUAUCAGAAUCAAGUCUGUUUGUUUACCCUACCAAGAUCAUCAUCAAAACCUGUGGAACAACCCAACUCCUCAAAUCAAUCGGUCCAUUGAUCCAUUUUGCAAACAAUCUUGGCCUCACUAUAUGCGGGUGUAGGUACACCAGGGGCAGCUUCAUUUUCCCCAAAUCACAACCUUUCCCUCACACCAACUUCAAAGAAGAAGUCAUUUACAUUGAAGAAAACCUCCCCAACAAUCUUUGCCAUAGAAAAGCCUCCGUUUUGCCUUCGAAACUCCCUUCUUAUUCAUGGCACGUUUUCACAGCCAGUGACCAAACUCACCUGCCACAAUUUGCCUUGAAAUCCCCCGACGUUAUGUUCACUGUCGAAGUUUGCAUGACCGAACUCGACCGCUAUCUAGCACGUAAGUUCUUCAAAAAAGCUGGAGAUAGCAAAACAGGGGACUCAGCUGGCAAAGAAAUGACGGAGCUAACAGGCAUCGACAACAUCAACCCUGGCGCCUUCAUUUGCGACUUUGCAUUUGACCCCUGCGGCUACUCCAUGAAUGGCAUUGAUGGUGAUCGUUACUCAACAAUCCAUGUCACCCCUGAAGAUGGCUACAGCUACGCUAGCUUCGAGUGCGUGGGGUCCAUUUACGACGACCAAGAUGACACUGUUGAAACCCUGAAGAAAGCUGUUCAAGUUUUCAAACCAGCAACAGUUUCAGUUUCGACAACAAGCAAUAGCCAUGAAGUUUGGACAAGGGUGGCACAUGCUUUGGAGCCACUGGGACUCAAAUGCCGGAGCUGUGCAAUGGACGAGUUCCCCACCGCCGGUACCAUCGUUUUCCAAACGUUCACCGCGGCUCGCCGUAAAUAAGCCGGAGAAAGAAAACCCAAAACAAAAGGUAGAUAAAAUCAGAGAAGUAGAGAGGUUAGUUGGAGAAAAUUUUAAUUGGAGGAAAAUCAAAGGAUAAAAAUAUGAUGACGUGGAGGGAUUUUAUUGGUUGAAAAGAGUGAUGAAUGUGGUGUUGACUCAAGUAGGAAGAUAAAAAAAAAAGUGUAGGGGAUUUUAUGGGAAUGACGUGGCAGAUCAAAAGGUGGGGAGGAGGAGAUGUGAGAAAUUGGAAUCACCAUGAUAAUGCACCCCACUUUGGAUUGUCACGCCUAUGAUUUUUGAGGUUAUAUGUAGUGGUGGAUUAAAAAAAAAAGU